AUGAAGCUGGUGCUGUGGUUGCUGUCCAUGGCUCUGGGCCACCACAGAGCAGGCGGGUUCCUGAUGCACUUGGCCAGCGAGUGCCCCCUGGCAGCCAACGGCUCCGUGCUCCGGUUCGACUUCGCCUUCGUCUUCAACAAGAACCCGCUGGUGUGUUACAACGACCACGACCAGCUCUUCGAGGCCUGUGACAUGGGCCUGCUCAACCCUGUGGCCGUGGGCAUGGCCGCCCAGCUCAACAAGGACGCCGGUUGGCGCCAGCGCAUGGCAGGGGGGCGCCAGGCCUGCCAGAGCCAGAGCCAGCGCCUCUGGAGCCGCACGGGGCAAAGGAAGACGCCCCCUAGUGUCCGCAUCGUCUCCACGGCCCUGUCGAACCCCGCGGGGACCGUGCGCCUCACCUGCCACGUCUGGGGCUUCUACCCGGCGGACGUGGUGGUCACCUGGCUGCGGAACGGGAGCCCCCUGGAGCCCACCGAGGACGGCCUGAGCCCGGCGCUGGCCAACGGCGACUGGACCUACCAGACCCACGUCAGCCUGCUCACCGCCCCCAAGCCCGGGGACACCUACACCUGCCAUGUGCAGCACGACAGCCUGGCAGAGCCCCACCAGGAGGAGUGGGGGCCCGGCCUGUCCCCGGGGCUGACGGUCAAGGUCAGCGUGGCUGUCGUGGUGCUGAUCCUCGGCCUCAUCUUCCUGGGCACCGGCCUGGUGUUCUGGCGGCGGGCGCCCGCCCCGGGUUAUUCUCCCCUCGCAGGGCACAACUAUGCUGGAGGUAACAGCUGCCUGGCUGGCUGA